AACUGCAAGGAGGAGGAGAAAGAAUUAAAAAGAGAUCGUUUCUACAGUCACACUCGGCGGUGAUUCGCAAAGAAAUGUAACAGAACAAAGUGAAGCGAUUUGUUUUUGUUUUUUUUUGCAUUUAGAAAGAUUGGGUGGAAAAUGAGAGCAGAAACUGCUGAGCGUAUUACUUGUCCCAAUCAAACCUUGCCUCCUGCUGGCUGCAACAACCAGGUAUGUCUUGCUGUUCUAACCACACCAGACAGUACACCAAGCCAACACUUAUCUGCACAGUACCCACAAUUCUGCCAUGAGGUUUUGAAUCCAAAAAUUCCAGAACAUUCAACACAGCUUUACACUCAACCAGAAACUGGCCUUCUGAACAAAUCUAAGAAGAGAUGCGAUCCAACAAGAACUGUUUUGGUCAUACUUUUGCUGUUGGUCAUAUUUGGAGGAGCUGCAGCCGUUUUGUGGUAUUUUGUCUAUGAGAUUCCAAAUGGUAGAGUGUACUUCAGUGGUUCAGUUCAUCUUGUAAAUGCCAAUUUCAGUCCUGCAUUAACAGACAGCAGAUCCCCUGAGUUCAUCCACUUAGCCAAUCAGGUCGAGGAACCAUUGGCUGAAAUAUUUAGAAGAUCACAGUUGGCACAACGCUUUGUCAGUGUCAAUGUCAUCGCCUUUAGUGAAGGAAGUGUUUUAGCUUACUUCAUGAUUACAUUCUCUGUGGGGAGAAAUAGACUUCUGGAGGACAAUAAAGUCCUACAUGCAGUUGAUGUGAUUAAAGUAUUGAAUAACUACAUGAGGAAAACAACUGAAUCAAGCACUACAAUGGAGUUUUUGGAAAAGUUUCAUGUAGACAUUAAUUCUAUUAACAUUUAUGAAACAGAAAGUGAGGAGCAUUCUCUCUUCUCGGAAGAAGCAUGUCCUGUGACUGAUAGAAGAAUCCAGUGGCAUAAAGCGUCAUCAUGUCGUUGGGAGAUGAGAGCGCCUGAAAACCAUUUAUUGCAAAUCACGAUUCGGAAAUAUUUUAUGAAUGAUGAUUGCAGCCUGAGUUACAUUGCACUUUACGAUUCAUUGGUGCCUGGAAAACAGAAACUAAUCAUCAGGAUUUGUUCCAGCAACCAACUCUUUCCUUUGCAGACAUUCACUGUGACAUCAUCAGGGAAUGUGAUGUUGGCUAUAUUCUUUUCACAACCUCAAAAUAUGAAUCAAUUUGAAGCAACAGUACAAUAUAUCACAACAACAACCUGUGGUGGAACUAUAACAGCCUAUAAUGGAUCACUGGUCUCUCCAUUAUAUCCCAAUAACUACCCUCCAAAUAUCAACUGUGUCUGGACAAUUACAGUACCGAACCCAAAGCUGAGAUUGCGGAUCCAGUUUCCAACCCUGAGACUGGAAGGCUUACAGCCAAACUGUGAGAAAGACUGGAUUUCUAUUGAUGGUAAACGAUACUGCGGUGAAUACUCCAGGUCAUUGGUGGUACCUAGUACAUCUAAUGUUCUAAAAGUCCAAUUUCACUCAGACUUUUACACCAGUAAUCUUGGAUUUCGUGCUGAAUACAGCAGCUUUGAUCCUGAAGAAGAAUGCAAAGGAAUGCACAUAUGUGGAGAUGGAAAAUGUGAGCUCAUGAGCAACAAGUGUGAUGGUUGGUUUCAUUGCAAAGAUAAGAGUGAUGAGAUGAACUGUGUGUGCACAGCAGAGCAGUUUAGAUGCUUUAAUAAUAUGUGUAAGCCUUUGAUCUGGGUCUGUGAUGGAGUUGAUGACUGUGAAGAUAUGAGCGAUGAAAGCAACUGUGAUUGCCCAGCUGGGUUCUUCAGCUGCCAGAAGAAUAACUGCUUGUCCAUUAGUACCAUAUGUGAUGGAAAUAUUGACUGUCCUGAUCACAGUGAUGAGAAUGAUUGUGAAAAAACAGACAUCAAAUGCACUACCAACACUUACAAGUGUGCCAAUGAAAAAUGCAUUGCCAAACCCAAUGCAGAAUGUGAUGGUGUAACCGAUUGUUUAGACCAUAGUGAUGAAUCCAACUGUGACUGUGGAAACCGACCCUACCUUCAAAGUCGAAUCGUCAAUGGCAAUGAUGCGGAGCUUGGUGAGUGGCCCUGGCAAGUCAGCCUCCACUUUGAUACCUUAGGGCAUACUUGUGGUGCAACGCUGAUAAAUACUGGGUGGCUUCUAUCUGUCUCACAUUGUUUCCACGAUGUGUAUCCCUACAAGUACUCUGAUCGAUUAUUAUGGAAAGCAUUCAUUGGACUUCAUUCCCAAACUUUUUCGGAAAGCUUUGUAGAAACACGACUGAUUAAACGGAUGAUUAUUCAUGAGCAAUUCAAUAAUUUCACAAUGGAUUAUGAUAUCGCCUUGCUUGAACUUUCGGAACCUGUGGUGUACAAUAAUUACAUUCAACCAGUGUGUCUUCCAUCAGCAUUACAUGUGUUUCCUGCAAAUCGGAAAUGUUAUAUUACUGGUUGGGGCUUACUGCAAGAGGAAGGUCAUCUUCCUUUGGUUCUUCAAAAGGGUGAAGUAAGAAUUAUUAAUCAAACAACAUGCAAUAACUUUGUAGGAAACAUUGUGUCAUCACGAAUGCUUUGUGCAGGAUAUCUUACUGGACAAGUAGACGCUUGUGAAGGUGAUUCUGGAGGACCACUGGCUUGUGAGGAACCAUCAGGAAAGUGGUUUCUGGCAGGAAUUGUGAGCUGGGGACAAGGAUGUGGUCGAUAUGGGCACCCUGGAGUUUACACGAGAAUCACAAAGUUUCAAGACUGGAUUCAGAGAAACAUGGGAAUCAGCAGCAAUUGAGCAAAAUUAUUACAUGCUGAAAACAAGAUUUAAAUUUAAUCCAAGUGGUGGUUCCUGCUGUAAUGCUCAUGUUGCUACACCAGUGAAGUACCCAAAUGUUUAAUUAUAAUUCUACCUUCUGCAUUAGUUAUCUGGCUCGAAAGAGUUUGUAGAUAUCAUGAUUGGAUGAAAUCAAGUUAAACAUGGCCAUUAUUCCACCUUUUUAUUGCUCCAGUAAUACUCCACCAAAUGUCAUAGAGACAUUGUGAUACAGAAUGAGCACAUUUAGUGUACUGAGUCUAUUGGUUGUUCUUUUUAGAACAACUGACUAAUUCUUACUCUUGUUUUAUCUCUGUAGUCCUUAUAACUUAACAUCUGUCAUGUGAUUAUCCAGUUUCUUUUGAAAUCAUUUAUUUUAUAUCUUUGUUUACACCCCACCAUAGCCGUCAGUUCCUGGUCAUUAUCAUUUGCUGUGUAAAACAAAACAAUCUUCCUCGCUACAUCGUUCUACAUCUUUUGUCAAAGCCUUCAAUCUGUGUUCCCUAAACUUAGAACAAUCAGUUAAUAUGAAUUGUCUACCUUACCUAAACCUGCCAUAAUCCCCAUCAAAUCACCCCUCAAUCUCCUUUCUACCAGGAAAACAUUCCCAGCUUUUCAAACUUAACUUUGUGUUGACAUUCCCUCAUCCCUGGCAACCUUCUGGGAAAUCUUCUAUGCGUUCCCUUGAGGACCUUCAUAUCCUUCUUAAAGUGUGGAGAAAACAUUUCUUCCAAAAGACACCAUCUUAUUUCAUUCUGUAUUAAAUUCUAUUUGCUAGUUGUCACUUCCAUUCUGUAUAUCCUUUUGCAGUCAGUGGUCUCGGCCUCACUGUUUGCUCCAAGUUCAGUGUUAUCAACAAAUUUUGAAAUUUUACUCUGAAUUCUAAUGUCCAUAGUUAAUCAAAAAAGCUAACUUUUUAAAUAUCUAACCCAGUGAUAUUUAACUUUCGUGGCAUGACAAAUUUUCAUUCCUUGCUUCCAAUCUCCUCCGAAACCUCGAAUGACAUUCAUCACUGCACAUGUAUAAGAGAAAGGAAACCUGCUAUAUUAUGCAGCCUGUGUGCCUUGAUACUGAAAAGGUUGGGAAUCACUGAUCUAAGGUGACACUAUUCUGUGAGCCUCAAUUUCAUUUUGUCAAACGUUUUCCUAAAAAUCCAUGCAACCACAUCUAUUGCAUUCCCUUCAUUACCGUUCUUUGUUAUACCAUCGAAAAUUUAAUUGGAUUUGUCAUGUAUGACAUCCCUUUCGUAAAUCCAUGCUUGCUGUCCUUAAUCAGGUCAAAUCUCUCCAAGGGUGCCUGUUGUUCUUUACCCUGUUUAUUGUAUAUCUAAAUUUUUACCACCACUGAUAUUAAACUGGCCUGACCUGUAAUUAGUAGCAUUGACAUUGAAUCCUUUCUUGAAUAAUCUUCCGUUCCAUAAUAGAUUAGAGAUUUUAGCAUGCCUUUCUGCUAUCUCCUUCUCCACUACCUUUAGCAAAUAUUGUUGUAAGACAUCUAGACCAGGCAAGUUAACCACUCAAAACACAGCCAGCCUUUGCAGCUAUCCUCCCUAACAAUUUUCACCCUGUCCAUUACAUCUAUCAUCUCCACUUUUACUAAUUUUAUUAGCAUCUUCUUUGUUAAUAAGUAUCAAUACAAAACUAAAUGUUAUUCUCGUCCUACCUAUACCUCCAAGUUUAUAUCACUGUCUUUGUCCCUAAUAGGCACUAAAAAGGACCUUAUUAAUACAUGUUUUUAUUGAUAUGCUGACGGAAGACUUUGAGUUCCUUUUAUGUUAACUGCAGUUUUAUUCUCUCAUUCGCUGUUUGCCAGUCUUACUUUCCUCUUCACUCUCCCUCCCAACUUCUUGUAUUUGGCCUAAUUCCCACUUGAAGAAUUCACCCACAUGCAUCACGUUACUAUUUUUCUGGUCAGUCUUUGUUUCUUUCCUGCUCUGGUUAAAUACCCUCUCAUCCCAUUGAGGUCAGUCAUCCUCCUGUUUAGAUAUUCUACUUUAGAUUGUCCCAUUUCACUUUUCCAUUUCUGACCUAUCUUUUUUGAUACACUGAGCACACUUAUCCUAGAGCUUCCCUAUAGACACUUAGCCCACUUCAUUUUGUGGCACCAAAUACAGCAGUGCCUCCUUUCCAAUGGAACUUGGAACAUAACUGAUAAGGAAGUUCAUUUGAACAAAUUUCAGGAAUUCCUCUGUCUCUGAUCCUUUAUUCUAACAUUAUCCCAGUCAACACUGUAUAUGCAAAAGACCUCAAUAUCACUGCACUGUACUUGCAUGUCACUGAUAUCCGUAUUGAUCUAACAUUCUAUCUUUCUCACUAGUUGCAGGCCCAGUAGCCGCCUUGCUUCUCAAUUGUAACAAAAUGGAUUUUGUCUUUGCCCACUGAAAGCCAUCCUGUCUUUCAAAUGCCAGAAAUAUUUCCUAUUAAAUCUGCCAGCCCAGCUCCCGUUUUCCCUUCCCUAUGUUUAAUCCUUUUUUUUGGAAAUAUUAAGUAUACAGUUCUCCCAACAUUUAAGCCAGGUUUCCUUUAUUGUCACAACAUCCUAUUCCCAUAUGGCUAUUAUGUUUGUUCCUAAAUAGUCUUCUUCUUCACAUUUUGUGUGUUUGAAUACAUGCAUUGUAAAUCUCUUUCUGUUCUUCAUUGUCCUGCUUAGUCUAUUCCUAUCUUAUACAGUAAAAUUCAUUCUCCAAUGCAAUUAAACAAUCUCACUUGGUGCUUCUUAUUUCUCUGUCUCCUACUUCUCUUACUUCUGUAUGCUGUGUCCCUGCCAGUUUAGCUUAAACAUCCACCCCACCCCCACCACACUUCUGAACCUUUCCAUGAGUCCAGCUGAUGUGUACCCCAUUCCUUUUGCAAAUGAUGUCUCCUGCACAGAACUAAUGCAAUGAUCCAAAAGCCUGAAGCCUGAAGCCUUUUCUCCUACAGUAUGCUAUAGGCUUUGAGUUAGUCUAUCUUGUCUUGUCCUCCUAUUUUUACUUUGAUUGGCAUGUGGGAUUGGGAGUAAUCCAAAGGUUACUACCUUCCAAGUCCCACUUUUUAAUUUAUCCAGUGCCUGAAAAUCUGACUGUAAUACUUGCUAUCUGUCCUCCCUCUAUCAUUGGUACAAACAUGUUUCACAAAGUCUAGUUUACUCUCUUCCGUUUGCAUAAUAAACUGCAUAUUCUCUGAGAUGUCUUUUACCUUACCCCUGGGGAGGCAACACGCCAAGCAAGAUUCCAUGAUGGUUACAGAAAUACCUGUCUGUCUCCCCCUAACAAUGGAAUCUCUUAUAACGCUUGCAUUUCUGCACAAUUGAUGUUCCCUUCUGUGUUGUCUAUUGCCAGUUGGAUAUUGUGAUCUGUCUGCACUCCUUCAAAGUUUUGAUGUUCCCAGCACGCUCUGAUGCUGAGUACUGGUUUGAGAAUGGCACACACUCCUGAAAUUAUGACCCUUCUUAAUCUUCCAAAUGGUCAUUCAUCUUCUAUCGCAAUGUCUCACUGCCUGUGGCGUGACCACAUUCUAGAACAUACAAUCUAGCAACCUGUCUUACUUUUUGAAGUUUUGUCAUAGGAGUAAAGAAAGAAUCAAGCAAUUUUGAGAUUUAAAAAAUAAGUUUGUUGUGUAGUGUGGAUGUGAACUUUACAGCCACUCUUUAAAAGCUGCGCUAUAAUACAAACCUGGUUGAGAAAGUCAAUAACAGCUUCAGUAAUUAAGUUAUCAGUCUAACAGUAGUAUCUACUGUUUGGGUUUCAGGUAGACAGUAGCUAUUCUCUAAGUAUUUUACACUACAUCAAUGAAGCUUGAAAUUUUCUUUCCUGCAAGUAAAUCUUUUCUCCUUGGAGUUUAAAAUGUACAGUGCCAACAUCUUGCUUUAUUCAAAUUAGUCUAGAAAGUUACAAAACAUUUUUAGAUGAUACAAGUGGCCCUUUAGAAUUUUUUUUACUCUGAGUUUGAUCUCAUCUCAGAUGAACCAUGUGUGAUAUGAAAUGGAAACAUGCCAGAAUCUUAGAGGCUCUCUUGCAUUAUUUCAUUCUGGAAUCUGGUUAUUCCUCAAGUCAAAAGUUAGACCACACCAAAAAUAAUCCCAAAGCGGAAGAUUCCACAUGAAAGCAUUUUGAGGCAUUUUCUGCAAGUAAUUAGAUGGCAGAGUUCAGCUCAGCAUCCACUUUCCAAUUAAUUCAAUUUAUCUUCAAAUAAAGGAGGUGAAAAGGUUUAUGGUAUUUUCCUUUAACAGUAGUAAAAAUACUUAAUCUUAAUCUAUUGAUAUAAAGUACCUUCAGUUUGGAUAAUGUGUAUGGCCUCAGACAUCUAAUAACAUUUUAUCAUGAGAUUAAUUUGAUUUUAAUUGUAUCUGGUGUCACUUUAUCUUGAUGAACUUUGAAGUCAGCCAAGGGUCCUGUGGAGGUAGACAUGAUCAGAAUUUAAAAUCUAAGUCUCAACCCAUUGAUGUAAUUCCAUCUCUGACCUGCGUCAGCUUGUCAAACUCGUUCCUCCAAUUUUUAUUCCCAAUCAGCAUUUGCCUUCUACCAGGGUUGGAUUCCUGUUGAUAUCCAGACUCUGACAGCUGACCCUGACUCACAAUCUUAAGUGGGAGACAAAUAUGAAAUGUUUAAAAGACCUCAAAUUUAAAAUUGGAAAGGCCUUGCUGCAGGCUCUGCAUGAUUCAUCUAUCCCCUGUCACCCGAAGAUCCAUGCUGAAAUCAAUUCCAUUGUAUCAUUAUCAUAGCUGUUUGUUAUUCUCCUUACUGUUGAACUGAUUAGGUCCACUCAUUAUUUAAACUCUGUAGUAUCCUCUUCGAAUUGUAAACAGUCCUGGCAAACGCUGGAUUUUUGUCAGUUUUAAAUAUGAAAUAUAUUAAUGUAAGUAUUUGUGUGUGAUGACAUUCCACAAAAUUUACAUGCUGUGGGGGUGGGUACAGUUUAUUGCAAAACCUAUAUGCCAAAUCUGAUUUUAGUCAACAUGAUUGAUUUUUGAUUCUGGAGGCAAAUUAUGUAUUUGAAUGGCAAUGGCACAAUGUAGUAAUCCACAAAAUGAUUUGCCUUACCUUAUCAAGUUCUUAUCUAGGUUUGUUUUUAAUUAUAGAUAUAUUGAAGGGUAAUGAUCAUCCUUCUAGAUUUUAUUUAAAGUCAUAAUUAAGCAUCUAUGUAAUCGAAUUGUAACUUACAAGAAGUCACAUAGAAGUGAUGUUUUCUAUGAUUGUUUACAUCAGCAUAGGAAAAAUGGGUAUAGAUUUGUUAAAAAUUUAAUGAAGGAAACAUCCCUUUUAAAUGGAAAAUAAUAAUCAGGGCAAAAUGUUUAAUUAUUGUACAGUGACAGGAGGAACUAAAGUUUCUUUUUCAAAAAACUUCAAACAAUAAAUU